AUGGAGGUGCCCACCGAUGUGCAGCUUGUUCUUUCUUCAUUCUUUCCGGCUGUAGGGAGGAGAGGACAAGUGAGUUUGCUCAAGCUGGAGGAGGACAAGAACCAGUUGUCCAAGGGCUUGGACCCUUGGAGCAACCCUACCGCCGCCACGGCCAGCACCCUGCACUACCUGCUCCAGGAGAAGGAGAGAGCGCAGGCGCAGGAGCAGCUCCAGAUCUACCACCAGCAAGGAUUCAGCAGCUACCUCCAGCACCACCACCGGAGGCAGCAGCAGCAGCAGCAGCAGCAGCAGUCGAGGGCGGCUGCAGCAGGAGCCGGCGCCGGCGCCGAUGGCGUCAGCAGCGGCGAGUCGACGCCCGUGGACGCCCUGGCGACCGCAUUCGGGGGCGGCCGCAUCGUGCGGUCCGCCGCCGGGCGCAAGGACCGCCACAGCAAGGUGUGCACCGCGCGCGGCCUGCGCGACCGCCGCGUCCGCCUCGCCGCGCACACGGCCAUCCGGUUCUACGACGUGCAGGACCGCCUAGGCUACGACCGCCCCAGCAAGGCCGUCGACUGGCUCAUCCGUAACGCCAAGGCCGCCAUCGACGAGCUUCCGGCCGACCGGGCAGAGGGGCAGCCUGCUGCCACGGAGGCAGCAGAUGCCACUGAGCCGGCCGAGCAGGUGACGUCGACGUCGUCCUACGGGUUCGGCAACCCCAGUGGCGCCAUCGGCGGUGUGGCCGGCUCGUUCAUGCCGCAUUCUGUCGGCUCCGCCGAUGGCGGCGUCUCCGGCUCCGGCAACGUCAAGUCUUUGUUCCCCUCGUCGUCGACAGCCAGCACCACCCCCACCCAGGACGAGUACAGGGGCUCCCCGCCGGACCUCCUGUCCCGCACGACCAGCAGCCACCAUCCGCAGGAGCUUUGCCUCACUCUCCAGUCUACUAAUAACCAGCAGCACCAGAUCUUCAGCCAUCAUGUGUCCCAGAGCCACCACGGUAUGAUCUCUGGUGCAGGCGUCCAAGGCUGGUCGGAGCACGGCCAGAGAAUGCCGUCGUGGCAUGCUGCUGCUUCGGAGAACAGUAGCGCGGGGGACGGCCGUGGCGCCGCCGGCAAUGGGGACAGCUACAUGUUCGGCGUGCCCCCACGGCAUCAAGGGCUAGACCACCAGGGCCAGCUCUUCUCCCAAGGGGAACCCCUUCAGUCCAGUGGCGGCUGGCCGUCUGCCCGCGCCUGGCUAGACCCUCUCGCCGCGAUCCACCAGCCAUCGACGAUAGCUGGGCAGGUCGGCGGCUUCAGCCAUCUGGUUGGCGCCGGCGCCGGCGGGUUCAUGGGGUUCCUCGCGCCGGCGGCGGCCCAUCAGCGGCUCCAGGGCGAGGAGGAGCAAGGAAGCGAAGCAAUGAGAGAGUGAUGAGCGUGCUUUAACUAUGAGGUAAGGUGUGCGAGCUUAACACACACACUGCGGCUACUCUUCAUUGAUCUGGUUGGUCAUCGAUCAGCUGUAUGUCAUUUCAUGUAGGAGUUUGUUUAAUUUAGGUGCUGGAAUUUCGCAUUAUUACUUAUUAGCUGCUGCUAUAUUCAAUCAUGCCUGUAUAACUAAGGUUUAAUCAAGUCGUCGUUCCCUUUGAACUAGACAGCCGCCGUUACUGUUGCAUUAGUGGCUAGUGGCUACUACUACCUCUGUUUUAUUUCAAUAAAUAUUUCUUUUUUUUUCCA